AAUUUCGUAAUAAAUCAAUUUUAAUUUAUUUCUCACAUUUGAAUAGUUGCACUUUUCAUAAGUAUUAAAAGUGUACUACAAAAUACAAAUUGUUCGAGGACAUGAAGAGCAGACAACAUACGUUUAGCGCGCGUACAUUACCCCUAGAACAGGCAGAUCAGAGUGAGCCCAUGCGCCGAAGCUUCGGCUGGAUUAUCGUUGUCGAACCGCGUAUGUGUCAGUAAACACGUGCCCUUCACUGGUGGUGUCUAGCUACUCCGUCUUCCGGGCUCUCCCCAACUUGUAAUUCAGGAUAACCAAGAGAAAAGAACUUAAAGAAGUCGACUAUCAACCUUCUUGACAUUAUGGACAGCAGCGCAGACAUUUAUCUAGAUGUCAUGUUAGAGUUUGAAAGCUCAGCACCACAUGUUGAAGAGACAAUGUUUGAGGGGAUUGUAACUUUGGCCUUGAAGCAACUGCAUGGUGAUGUUGGGGCAGCAAUGGCGGUAGAUCUUGUGAUGUACAAUUCUGGGAAUUUGCAGGGAGUUCUUAGAGUUCAGGAGAGCGAUUUGGUGAAGCUGUGGAGUGCAUUGACACUGUAUGGAUAUUAUGAAAGCCAGAGAUGUGCUUUCACUGUGCGAAAGGAGCCUUCUGAUUUCAUCCCACCGAAAGAAUUCAGAAAACUAGAGGAAGCAGAGCUCGGCGGAUGUGGAUGAAUGGAAUUAUAAAAUCGAGAUGUACGUUUGAGAAAUUGGUUCCAGACAUGGACCAGCAAAAAAAAAUAUGCCAUGGACAAUGGAGAUGCUACUCAUUCAUGGUGUUGCAAUGUCCUUUAACACACCUGGAUUAAUCAGGAUUGUGUUAGGGUGUACCCAAGGCAAGCUAGUCCAAGCUAUUUUGUCUCAUAUGUAACUGACCAGUGACCACAUCUCAGAUUUUCAUGUGUCUGAUCAUAUAUGUAUUAAGAGCCCUUCUAGUAAUCAGAUCGGAUGAAAUAUGAGGAGCAACGGCACGUUCGUUGUUGAUUUAAGUUCAGAACUCCACAAUACUUGGUAAUGUAUGGAACGCUGAAUGAAUUUUAGGGACCUUCGACUUGCCCAUGAAUACCAAGCUUACUGUGUUCUCUAAGCAGGUUAUAAUGCCACUAUUCUAAACAUUUCAAAUCAAUUUUGAACUGAGAACCAUGUGUAUUGAUUUCCACAUUUUGCCCAAUGUCAAAUACAUGUAGUCACAGAACAAGAAAGGAUUUUGUGUUGUAGACUCAAACUGAACAGAGUACUGCGGUAUACAUGCAUUUGUGUCUGUGUAUUAUUAAUCAAGUGUAUAUACCAUGCCUGAUAUAUUUCUCAUUUCUCAAUCUUCAUUAAAGCCCCUCUAAAGUGUUGGGACUCUUGGGAGCCCCAAAAAUUUGAUGGCUAAAUUUCAUAAUGUGACAGUGAGAGAGGAUGUCAUUCAAGACACAUUUCUGCAAGAUUUUCAAAACAAAUGUGUUUGAAGUCUAAUAUUGAUGAAAGUAUACCAGUACUAAAUGUAGGUUUUCUGCCUACAACAGAAAACCCAAAUUAUGUUUUCUUUUAUCAAUAUUUGUCUUCAGACACAUUUUUUUUU